UAUCGCAGUUGCUCCCGUUAUCUUAGCAAAACAUUAUGAUUUAAUGCAUAGUGGAUUAAAGUUUGCUUUGAAAACACCAAUCCGAGAAGCAGAAGCUCGCGGCAGCAAGAAACGAGUUGAGAAGUCGGUAUUCCAACGGCAAGCGUACGUGAGAUAAGGCCAUUUUUGCAUGUUGUUUUGUAGAGUUUUCGGGCCGAAGCAGAAAAAAAUAAAGCACCAGCGAAAUAAAUUCCUAAACCUUCCGCCAUCCCAAUCCGCCUGGCAACACUGCCGCUGCGUUGACGUGCGAGUGCGAGCGAGAGAGCAAGCUGGUUGCAAGCUUAGCAAACAUCCAACCAAUCGAAACGCACGGACCGGAAAAGGGAGGACAAUGACCAACCAAGGAAAUCCCGCAGCCGAGGGCUUCUCGCACUGUACCCUGUUGGCAAGCGUCGAUGCGUACAACCCCGAUACGCUGGAUCUUUAUCAGGAUCUGGAGGCGAACCGGUAUUGGUUCGCUUGCUUCAACGACAUGUUGGCCAAGUUCGAACGCCAGGCGAUGACGAGCCAGUCGACGGAUGCCAGCGCAAAAAACCGUGCCCAGUCCUUCCGGGAGCACUGUGUGGCUAUGUUCGAUAAGCUGCAGCAGGACAGACGCGAAACGGAAACACUUGGCAUCAGAAAUCUGCUGGAGGUGAUCGAAAGUGGUCUCCGAAAGUUUGGCUUUGACGAUCCCUGGAAGGAACAGAAAACGAUCGAAAAUAAAGCAUCCGUAGGGUUGCUAAAACAACGGCUACAGCAGCUGGACAGCAUAGCGAGCGAAAGGGAAAAAUGGACCGAGCUGGUCCGUGGUGUAUUAGCUGGUAACAUGUUCGAUUGGGGCGCUCAGGCUGUGACAAAAAUUUUAGAAACAAAUAAUGGUUUCGGCCUCCAGCAGGCGCUGGAUCGAAUACAAAAAAGGCCGUGGUUGAUUGACGACCUAGAUGGCUGGCUUAACAGGAUGCAGCACGAACCACCACACCGCUGUGCUACGAUUUUUACCGACAAUGCCGGCAUAGACUUUGUGUUGGGCAUUGUACCUUUGGUGCGCGAGUUGCUGAAGCGCAACACCAAAGUGUUGCUGUGCGCAACGCGUAAUCCAGCGAUCAACGAUAUUACCUACUCCGAGCUGACCAGAGCGAUCGCCGAUUGCUGCAAGGAGUGUGAUAUUCUGCGAACCGCCUACAGCGAACAAAACCGAUUGUUGCUGUUCGGUAACGAUCAAAUCGGUCCAUGCCUUGACUUUCGAAUGAUUUCAAAAGAUUUAGCAGUAGCGAUCGAACAAAAUAAGGUCGAUCUAUUGAUUAUCGUCGGAAUGGCACGGGCGCUGCACACCAACCUGUACGCAAAAUUCGUGUGCGAAACAUUCAAACUGGCUGUCGUAAAGAACGAAUGGUUGGCAAAACGGUUAGGCGGAGAAACGUUUUCGGUGGUGUGUAAAUAUGAAAGGUAAUAUUACGUGGAAUUACGUUUCACAGUCAACCAACGACGAAACGGGAACGACGACAUGGACACACAAGGCAUGAACUACUGAAAGAAUCGUAAUAAAUAUUGAACGUGAGUUUAUUAUAUUUUACAUAUUGCUAUAA